CGCGUGCGCACGCGCAGACGGGAGCAGGCUCCUUGGUGCUGUGGCGGUGUGGUUGACUAGGGUGCUACUUGGAGUCGUGUGGCCCUUGAAAACCCCGCGUACCCACCGCUGCCUCCUCUGGUCCUCGCCAUGUUCCUCACUCGGUCCGAGUACGACAGGGGUGUGAAUACUUUUUCUCCGGAAGGAAGAUUGUUUCAAGUGGAAUAUGCCAUUGAGGCUAUCAAGCUUGGUUCUACUGCCAUUGGUAUCCAGACAUCAGAGGGUGUGUGUCUAGCUGUGGAGAAGAGAAUUACCUCCCCACUAAUGGAGCCUAGCAGCAUCGAGAAAAUUGUAGAGAUUGAUGCUCAUAUAGGUUGUGCCAUGAGUGGGCUAAUUGCUGAUGCUAAAACUUUAAUUGAUAAAGCCAGAGUGGAGACACAGAACCAUUGGUUCACCUAUAAUGAAACAAUGACGGUGGAGAGUGUCACCCAGGCUGUGUCCAAUCUGGCUUUGCAGUUUGGAGAAGAAGAUGCAGAUCCAGGUGCCAUGUCUCGUCCCUUUGGAGUAGCAUUGUUGUUUGGAGGAGUUGAUGAGAAAGGACCCCAGCUGUUCCAUAUGGACCCAUCUGGGACCUUUGUACAGUGUGAUGCUCGAGCAAUCGGCUCUGCUUCAGAAGGUGCCCAGAGCUCCUUGCAAGAAGUUUACCACAAGUCUAUGACACUGAAAGAAGCCAUCAAGUCUUCGCUCAUCAUUCUCAAACAAGUAAUGGAGGAGAAGCUGAACGCCACGAACAUAGAGCUAGCCACGGUGCAGCCUGGUCAAAAUUUCCACAUGUUCACAAAGGAAGAACUGGAGGAGGUGAUCAAGGACAUUUAAGGAGGAGCUAGCCUCAGACAUCUGUGGGACAAUUUCAGUUCUCCUAAUUGCCCUUAAACUUUAUUUCCAGCUUUUAUGUCAUGGAAAAUAUCCAGUAUAUGUGUGUUUUUUUAUGAUGUCUGUACAUUACAGCAAUUCUGAAAUAAAAGAAUUUUAAAAUAUUU